UCGAACCGAAAACCAAACCAUACCGGAAAGGACUCGUAUCUCAAAUCGAAUUCUCUGUGUCUUGUCGUCAAAGAAAACCCUUUUAUCAAAAACACCUGCAAAUCUCACCAAUUCUCCAAACAAUGGCAGCAGUAGGCGUCGAACAUAAACACCCCGAUUCUAUGAUCACCGACGAAUCUUGCUCCGCUAAACCCGCCGUAAAACAAGGCGAGGGAUUGAGACAGUAUUAUCUCCAACAUAUUCACGAGCUUCAGCUUCUCGUCAGGCAGAAGACCCAUAAUCUUAAUCGCCUCCAAGCUCAGCGUAAUGAGCUUAAUUCUAGAGUGAGGAUGCUUAGGGAAGAAUUACAGCUGCUUCAGGAACCCGGGUCUUAUGUUGGUGAAGUUGUCAAAGUGAUGGGCAAAAAUAAAGUGCUUGUUAAGGUUCACCCAGAAGGGAAAUAUGUUGUUGAUAUUGAUAAAAGUAUUGAUAUCACUAAGAUUACACCAUCAACCAGGGUUGCCCUCCGUAAUGACAGCUAUGUUCUUCACUUAGUCUUGCCAAGCAAAGUUGAUCCGUUGGUUAACCUUAUGAAAGUAGAAAAGGUUCCAGAUUCUACAUAUGACAUGAUUGGUGGUCUUGAUCAGCAAAUUAAGGAGAUAAAGGAGGUCAUUGAGCUUCCUAUUAAACACCCUGAGUUGUUUGAAAGUCUUGGAAUUGCACAACCAAAGGGUGUUCUUCUGUAUGGGCCUCCUGGUACAGGAAAGACACUGUUGGCUAGGGCAGUAGCACAUCAUACUGACUGUACUUUCAUCAGGGUUUCUGGUUCUGAAUUAGUUCAGAAAUACAUUGGUGAAGGGUCUAGAAUGGUCAGAGAACUUUUUGUAAUGGCAAGGGAGCAUGCUCCAUCAAUCAUUUUCAUGGAUGAAAUUGAUAGUAUUGGAUCUGCCAGAAUGGAAUCUGGCAGUGGAAAUGGUGACAGUGAGGUUCAGAGGACUAUGCUGGAGCUUCUCAAUCAGCUGGAUGGAUUUGAAGCAUCUAACAAGAUCAAGGUUUUGAUGGCAACUAAUAGGAUUGACAUCCUUGAUCAAGCUCUCCUUAGGCCUGGACGAAUUGACAGGAAAAUAGAAUUUCCAAAUCCUAAUGGAGAGUCACGUUUUGAUAUUUUGAAAAUCCAUUCAAGAAGAAUGAAUCUGAUGCGGGGGAUUGAUUUGAAGAAAAUUGCGGAGAAGAUGAAUGGUGCAUCAGGGGCAGAGCUCAAGGCUGUAUGUACAGAGGCAGGAAUGUUUGCUCUAAGGGAAAGGAGGGUCCAUGUAACACAAGAAGAUUUUGAGAUGGCAGUAGCAAAGGUCAUGAAGAAGGAGACGGAGAAGAACAUGUCUCUACGCAAGCUUUGGAAAUAGGUCUUUUAUUAUGUAAUUUCAUGUUUGAACCUUUAGGAAUAUGAAGAAAAGGAAUCAAAUAGUCUAUGCUUGGCAGUGUGUCAUAUUUGCUGGACUGGUUUUUCUUUCUUGCUCGGGACCUUGUUGCCAUGCAUGUGCUUUCAACUCCCCAGGUCAAUGGAGCGUCGGAAAGACAGCAUCCCUCCUUGUUGAGGGGAUCCUAAUUCAGUAUUUUUUUAAUCAUCAUUAUCGUUUAUCUGUGUA